GGUGCUUUAUUUGUAUCUGUGCCUGUUGUUUCUGGUAGUCUCUUAUUUGUGGUAUUUUGGUGAUGUCUAUGAUUUCUAAUAGUUAGUUUAUAGUAUUACUUUGUGGGUACUUUGUGAGUGUCUUGUUUUCUUUAUUAUCUAGACGUGUGAUAUUUCUUUUUGUGGUUUGCAUUUAUGUUUUUUUGUUUGUUAUACUGUUAUCUGUACCAAGUCGAUAGUUUAUCUAAAACAAUCUCUCUACUUCCUUUGAAAUAGUGAUAUGGACUAUGUACACUUUAUUCCUUUCAAAUCGCACUUUAUGGAAAUACAUUGAAUUUGUUGUUAUUGUUUAGGGUAAGAUUUAAGACUAAAUAAUAUUUUAAUACAUUCUAUUCUAACGUAUUUUAUUAAAUUUAGAAUCACACGAUUCAAAGUUUUCUUAAACUCUCUGCUAGUUAAAAUUAGACAAACAAACUAACGAAUAAAUUGUACCAGAGAGAGAAUUAACACAAAAGUUAAAAUCAAUUAAACUCUUACCUACUUUAUAGGGAAAAUGACGGUCAGCCCCCACGUGAAAAUACAUUUCCGCGCCAUAUAUACAUUAAGUUAUACCAGUCCGCUCAAUAGACAGUUAACAUUUUUGUAUCCCACCUGAAAACAGAUUCAUUCUUCUUCUACAAGCUUAUUCAUUCAAAUUUAGAUAUUCUCACAAUACCCCUUUUUGUUAGCUGACAAAUGUAGAAAAACAAAAGACUUGAAAAUGAAUUUGGGGUUGCGUUUCUUCCUCUCACCAAAUCAUCUUCAUCUAAGUCCUUGAAUCAGCAUUCUAGCAGGUUCUUCUAGUCUUUUAGUCAAUUUAGGGUCACUCUAUCUUCUGCACAAGAACUGUUUGGUGUAUUGCCUUUACGAGAUAUAGAAUCUUUCUUGUUUUUUCUUACGAAUUACAAGAUGAAGAAUGCAACAGGAAUUCCCAGUAUUCCAGAUCUUCCCGAAGAGAUUGUUGAGGAUAUUUUUUCAAGAUUACCAGUUAAUACUCUUCUGCGAUUCAAGUGUUUAGGUAAACACUGGGGCACUCUGUUUUCGACACCCAGAUUCAUCUCUGAGCAUCUCAACAAGUUCAGUUCAGACCCUGAUGCCAACUAUGUCCUUUUUGACACGUGGGGGAGAACUGAUUUGAUCCCUAUGCGAAAUCUUAGCCGCGUGAUAAAUCUUAAUCAACCCCGUGACUUUUAUUAUAAUGCUGUAGGUUCAGUCAAUGGCUUGGUCUGUCUAACCAGUAAUGAUUUCUAUAAACCAAUUUGCCUAUGGAACCCUUUGAUAAAUCAAUGCAUGUUUCUCCCUCUGCCCAACAUUAAACGUCCAACGCUUGUUUCUGUGGGUUUUGGGUAUGAACAGCAUUCUGAUGAUUACAAGGUCAUGAGGGUUAUAAACUAUUGUAAUGGUAGGCAAGAGACUAAACUUGAGGUUUACUCAACCAAAUCAGGAUCUUGGAGAAAAGUGAAGAAUGAUGUUUACAUAAAAGUGAAGAAUGCUGUUUACUCAACCAACUGUGAUGCAAUUGUUGAGGGGUUUACUUACUGGUUUAUUACAAAUGAGAAUGGUCUUAAAACUGCUCUUGCCUCGUUUGAUUUGAGGAGCGAGGUGUUCAGCAUAAUUCCAGUACCAGAAGUGUUGGCAACUGAAUCUUACAGUCUUAGGGCCAUGAACUCUCAUGGGUCACUUGCAUUGCUUGCACAUUCUUCAGAAGAUGAAUUCAACAAGUGCCUUGAGGUUUGGGUGAUUGAAGGUGGUGGCGGUGCAGAGGGUGUAUGGCAAAAGAAGUCCACCGUUAACAUUGGUUUCGAUUUUUCUAGGCAUUGGGGUCUUACUAGUGGAUUUACAGUAGUUGAAAAGGCUCCAAACAUGCUGUUUUUGGUCGACUUGAGAACAGAACAGUCAAGGAAAAUAGGAGAGAUCGAUAUUCGUAGAGUUUUCUACUAUACUGAGAGCCUUGUGUCGAUUGAGGGCUUCGAGCCUGUUCCCAGUCAAUGAAAGGAGAUAAGGAAGGAUUCAAUUACCUGUUUGAGAGCCAAGAUAGUGCUAACAUGCACAUAGAACUUAGUAUAUGUCCAACUGAUCCAACAUAUCAUAUUGUACUUUUUCUCGUUUGUGUUUCAUACGCAUUUCUAUGAUAGUUCUGGAUUUAAAUGCUUAGUGAUUGACCUCAUUACGAUCUGUAUGUACUUUGAGUUGCUAUAUGUAGUAAGAAAUCUGAUGUGCA